CAGGAUGAUGACGAGAGGAGGAUGCGCGGCCAUGAGGAGUGCGGGCAGAGGCGUGCUCAGGAGUCCGGUGCCGGGCUGAAGGAGAGGGGGGGCCGGAUCCGCUACUUUCUGCAUGUGAGGGUCCCCGGGAGUCGCACCGACGGGGGAGCUCAGAGCCAUGGACGAUGCAGUCUACUCCCUGGGGAUGGCCGACGGCUCCUACUUGCCCCAUUCUGGGGACUACACGACUGGGAAGCUGAAGAACUGCACAGAGGAAUGGGGGGAGAGGAUCCCCGCCCUGUCGGUGUUCCGGUCGGCCACGCUCACGUGGAAGGAGACGCUGCUGAGCAGGAAGAGACCAUUCGUGGGGAGGAGCUGCCACGCCUGUACCCCCCUGAGCCGGGAGUCGCUCUUCAAUCCCAGCAUUCCCUCCUUGGGUCUCCGCAACGUCAUCUACAUAAAUGAAACCCACACAAGGCACCGGGGUUGGCUGGCUCGGCGCCUGUGUUACGUGCUGUUCGUGCAGGAGCGGGACGUCCGUAAGAGCAUGUUCUGCAGUAACAUGGCGGAGACGGUGCUGAAUAACAGCAGGGUACAGGCGGCCAUUGAAGAUGUAGCAGCGGAGGAGAGUCCAGCGGGAACGGCCGAUCCCAAAUCCACCAACAAAGUGAAGAGGAAAGCCAAGAAGAUCCUGCAGGAGAUGGUGGCCUGUGUCUCCCCUGCAAUGAUCAGGCUGACUGGGUGGGUUCUGCUAAAGCUCUUCAACGGCUUCUUCUGGAACAUUCAGAUCCACAAGGGGCAACUGGAGAUGGUGAAGAAAGCGUCCACGGAGAAAUGCUCCCCCCUGGUGUUCCUGCCGGUGCACAAGUCACACAUCGAUUACCUGCUGCUCACCUUCAUCUUGUUUUGCCACAAUAUCAAAGCCCCUCACAUUGCAGCCGGGAACAACCUCAAUAUCCCCAUCUUCAGCACCUUAAUUCAUCUGUUGGGAGGUUUUUUCAUACGGCGCAAACUGGACGAGACCCCGGAUGGGAAGAAGGAUGUUCUGUAUCGCUCUCUGCUGCAGGGGUAUGUGGAGGAGCUGCUGUGUCAGCACCAGUUCCUGGAGAUAUUCCUGGAGGGGACCCGGUCCCGUAGCGGAAAGACUGCGUGCGGUCGGGCCGGGCUCCUGUCCGUCAUUGUGGACACUGUGGGCAAAAGCUCCGUCCCCGACGUCCUCAUCGUGCCCGUGGGCAUCUCCUACGACCGGAUCAUCGAGGGGCAUUACAAUAGCGAGCAGCUGGGCAAACCCAAAAAGGACGAAAGCCUGUGGAGCGUGGCGCGGGGGGUUCUGCGGAUGCUGCGGAAGAACUACGGCUGCGUGCGAGUGGAUUUUGCGCAACCGUUUUCCUUGAAGGAAUAUCUAGAAACCCAGGAACAGAAGCCAUUCCUGCCCCCGCUGUGCCUCAAGCAAGUGCUUCUACCCAGCAUCCUCUCUGCCAGACCCCAGGACGCAGUGCAUGAUGGGGAGGCAGCGCUGCACCCAGGACCCAGGAAUGUGCAGGAGGAGCCACUCAGGAGGCAGAUGAUCACCAACUUGGCCAAUCACGUGCUUUUUAGUGCUGAUAGGUGCUGCGCUGUCAUGUCCACCCACAUCGUCUCCUGUCUGCUGCUCUACAGGUACCGCCAGGGCGUUCACCUCUCCCUAUUGGUGGAAGAUUUCUUCUCUAUGAAGGAGGAGGUGUUGGCGCGGGAUUUCGACUUGGGCUUCUCGGGGAACUCGGAGGACGUAGUGAUGCACGCCAUCCAGCUCUUGGGCAACUCGGCCAACAUCACCCACACCAGCAGCGAGUUCUUCAUUGCGCCCAACACCCACAUCCCGGCCGUGUUCGAGCUCAACUACUACAGCAACGGCCUUCUCCAUGUUUACUUCACCGAAGCGGUAGUGGCCUGCAGCCUCUACUCGGAACUGAGACGGAAAAGCUCGGAGCGGACAAACGGUUCUUCCGACGGCGCCAUCAGCCAGGAGCGACUGAUCCGCAGCGCCACCGCCUUGUGCUACCUCCUGUCCAAUGAGGGGGUUAUUGCUCUGCCCUGUCAGAUGUUCUACCAGGUCUGCAAUGAAGCCGUGCAGAGAAUGAUCUCCUAUGGGAUUCUCCUGGUAGCAGAGGAUGAGCAGGAAGACACCAGCCCCAGCCUCGCGGAUCAGCCCUGGGGUAACAAGCUGGCAGAGCACCUGUCGUGGAGAAGUGAUGAGGAGGAUGAGGACAGCGACUUUGGGGAAGAGCAGAGGGACCGUUACCUAAAGAUGAGCCCAUGUGAGGAGCAGCAGCAGUUCCUCGCCUUCCUGCAGCGGCUGCUCGGCCCCAUCCUGGAGGCGUAUAGUUCAGCCGGCACCUUCGCCCUCACAUUCAGCAGCCCCGUCCCGGAGAAGGAGUUCACCCAAAGUCUCCUCAAGUACCUGAUCUCUAGGGCGGAACGGUCGCUCGCCGUCUAUGCCGAGAGCGCCACCUUGUGUCUCGCCCGCAACGCAGUGAAGACCUUCGUGGAUCUGGGGGUUUUCCAGGUGUAUAAGGAAAAGCGGGAGUCCAUGUUGGAACUGAGCGCCACUUUCCUACCUCAGAGCAGCCGCCAGGAACUCCUCGACUUCAUCUUGGGCUUCAUGUGAGGCCGACGGGGAGGCGGGACUUGAAGGUGCUGGGGGUCAGUUGCUGUACAGAGACCCCGCCUUGGGGCAAAUACCACUCAGUGACAGACAAGUGCCUUCUCGCUACCCUGCGCCCCUCUCUGCUGUGAACAAGAGCCCCCCCCAAUCCCUCGGGAGUCGUGGGGGUGCAGGGAGACAUGCAAGAAGCAACCAACGGGCUCAGCCAAUCAACAGACUCGUUACACAAACUCUUAUUUAUAGACAAUUUGCUGCUUUCUCAUAACACACUAAGGUUUGCUCCACUAACCCCACCCCCUGGUCCAUAACCCCACCCCCUGGUCCAUAACCCCACCCCCUGGUCCAUAACCCCACCCCCCUGGUCCAUAACCCCACCCCCCGUGGUGUCUGUUACAUCUGUCUGGCCAUAGGUCUUCGCUGCGAUGCCAUUGGCCGGUGAGACAAGUUGUGGCGCUUUAUGUACAUAAGGGAACUAACGUUAGAUUUGGGGUUCAGUGGGUUCCGCCCCCUGUGUAAUGGCAACCAGCCCCCCCCACCCCCAGAUUUUACCCAAUGUGUCUGUAUUGCUUGUGGCACAAAGCUGCACUUGUGUCGGGGGUACAGCAGAGUGGUCCAAUGGUACCGGAGGGGCCCCAGAUUGGAACAAUUCCAAGAACCCCCCCAGAUUGAUCCAAUCUCUCCGUCAGACACGCACAUACAAUCGCCUCAGGGUUUCUAUCGUUGGCAUCAAACCGCCCCCCCAGCCCCUUCGCUCUCUGCACUGCUGACCUACCCCCAUAGAUCUACUGACAGUCAGCAGGAGGGAGGAGCCAGUACCCGGGGGUGUGGUCUAAAGGGCUACAUGGCGCCAGUACUGUAGUACAUAAUUACCCAUGAUUCCUUCCAUGGAGGCAAAGCUGCGCUCCCAUUGGGUCAGUCCAUUGUCGGCACUUCCCAUGACUCUAGGGGGCGGCAUGUAACCCCCCCAUAACUGCUGCAGUUUUAUACCUACAGAUGUUAUUUGCUUUUUUUUAUUUUUAAGUGAAAUGAAUGAGAAUGAUGAUU